UUAAUGGGUGCUCUAUCCCUGGAGGUUACGAGUCUGAGAUGAAAGGUAAGAAGGAAAUGCUGUUUCCUGCAUCCGGCUGAACCACCUCGGCCUCACCAGGUGAGCUCCAGGUGAUUAUUGUGUCUUCCAGGGACAGAGAAACGGAGGCCCCAACAAGGAGGUGACUCACCCACCAAACAGGGUGUAGGACCGGCUCUGUGGGACCAGGGUGGCUCCAGAGACCUCUCCGCCCCAAAACAAAACUUGGUGCUGCUUUACUCGCGGGGAGACCUUCCAGGGUUGGGGCAGUGUGGUGGUCCUCCUUUUCGGACUCCUGGCUCGUUUGCGGGUCUGUUAACACAACCGAAGCCUGUAGCAUCACUGGGAGGUGCCCAGCCAUGAGGAGCCCCGCGGAGCCGCUGAGCGCGCUGGGCCGCUGGUACCUGUACGCCCUGCACGGCUACCUGGCGGAGGUGCUGUUCACGGCCACCUGGGACUUCGCCGCGGCGCAGGACUGGCGCUUCCGCGGGGGCAGCAGCGCCUGGGCGCCCUUCAUCUACGGCACCUGCGGGCUGAUCCUGGAGCGGCUCUACCUGCGCCUGCGGGGCCACUGCCGCCUGCCCACGCGCGCCGCGCUCUACACCGCCUGCAUCUACCUGUGGGAGUUCGCCACGGGCGCGCUGCUGCGCCACUUCGGCGCCUGCCCCUGGGACUACAGCCACUUCGCCUACAACUUCAUGGGGCUGGUCACGCUGGAGUACGGCGGCUUCUGGUUCGUGGGCUCCAUCCUGCUCGAGACCCUGGUCAUCCGCAACGUCCUGCGGCUCCGGGUGGACGGCGCCGGGAAGCCCUUCCGGCCUCGCGCCGCUUUUGCGCUCAAAGAGGACUGAGUUGAGGAGGGGGGAGGGGGGGAGUCCCCUCCCCAUUUCUGUCUGGGGGAGCCACACCCUGUUUCUGUCCAGAGACCCACCGACUCUGUUUCUGCACGGAGACCCUGUUCCUAUCCAGCAGACUCUCCCCACUUCUGCCUUGGAGACCCAGA